AUGACCGAAAGCAAAACACAGGGGGGCAGGAAGCCUCAGUUGCUUGUGGUGUCCAACCGCCUCCCCUUAUCCCUGAAACGAACAGAGGAUGGAAAAUAUGAAUCCUCAAAAUCCAGCGGUGGACUGGUCACAAGUCUCAGCGGCAUAUCGGAAUCGAUUGGGUUCCAAUGGUUUGGUUGGACCGGAUUGGAAAUAUCCGAAGAUGAGCAGCAGGAGGUUCAAGAAUUGUUGGCUAAGCAGGACGCUGUACCCAUCUUCCUAAACAAGGAGCUGGCUAACAACCAUUACAACGGGUUUUCAAGUGAGUAUCCUGUUGCUGAUGUUAUAUAUGUUGCUAUGGCCCCAAAAUCACCUGCCAUUGUUGCCGGUACUGAUGACUAUUCCAACUUAGAUUCGAUACUGUGGCCCGUCCUGCAUUAUCAACCCGGAACUCAGCAUUUUGACGAAAAGUGGUGGCAUGCAUAUCAAGAGGUUAACCAGAUAUUCGCGAAAGUGGUUGCGGAAGCCACCUCUGAUGGCGAUUUGGUGUGGGUGCAUGAUUAUCAUCUGAUGCUUCUGCCCGGAAUUUUGCGAAAAGAAUUUGCCAAACAGGGCAAACAUUCAGUGAAAAUUGGUUUCUCCCUGCAUACUCCAUUCCCCGCUGCAGAAGUGUAUCGGGCUCUUCCGACAAACCAUGAGCUGCUCGAAGGGGUUUUGAACAGUGACUUGAUAGGGUUUCAUACCAAUGAUUACGCGGGACACUUCGCAGAAGCUUGUUCUCAGAUAUUAGGUGCAUCUAAAGACGGGUUGACACUGCGUUAUAAGGAUCGAACCAUCCAGGUUGGAAAAUUUAUUGUCGGUAUCGAUCCAACACGCUUCUUGGAGGCAGUGGAGUCAGAAGCCGUCAAGAAACGAAUCGCCGAGCUUGAAGAUAAGUACAAGGGUAUAAAACGGAUUGUCGGCGUCGACAGACUGGAUUACAUCAAAGGACUACCAGAGAAGCUGCGCGGUUUCCAGGAGUUCCUUCGAACACACCCCGAAUGGGUUGGGAAGAUUGUCUUGAUCCAGAUUGCUGUACCGAGCCGUGAAGAUGUCCAGGAGUACCAAGAACUAGAGGCUGAGCUAUACAGGCUGGUGGGCAUGGUCAAUGGCGAAUUUGGUAUGGAAUUCCCAUCAAUGUGCUGUCGAGGAGCCUUCCUAGGUUUAACCAAAACUAACAGUUAUUGGAUAGGUAAACCUGAUUAUGCACCAGUCAUCUUUAUUCACCAGUCAAUUCCUUUUGAAGAGCUGGCUGCCCUAUAUGCAGCAUCCGACAUAUGUCUGCUCUCAUCCACAAGAGAUGGCAUGAACCUUGUUGCCCUCGAGUACAUUGCCUGCCAGAAAGAAAGAAAUGGUGUACUAGCCGUCUCAGAGUUUGCUGGCGUAUCCUCAUAUUUGGAAGGGGGAGUCAAAUUCAACCCGUUCAACUCCAGCGAGAUUGCCAGAGUGAUCCACGAUGCGGUAGAAAUGGACACAGAGCAGCGAAAAAAGGAGCACGCGCGGCUCCUUGACUUCAUAAAGACUCAUACCAGCACCCAUUGGGGCCAGGGAUUCGUUGAAAAACUUUCGGCUGCUUAG